GUGAACCCCUCUAUAAAGAGGUACAGCUGCAAAUAUAAUGGCGAUAGAAAUAUUUACGUGCGACCAUCGCAAACAUGCCUGUCGAGUUCAUCAGUCUCGCAUUUCCCAAUGCCUCAACGGAGCUGGAUCCCAUCCCGGGAGCACCCAUCGACCCAGACUACCUCAAGCGCUACGCUCGGAACCUAGAUGAUUACGGGUUCAACUACACCCUUCAACCAUAUGACUCGGGAGGUUUCGAUCCCUUCACCACGGGCGCCACUAUUGCUGCAGCCACAAACCAACUCAAAGUCAUCAUCGCCUUGCGCCCAAACACACUCUAUCCAACGGUCGCAGCAAAGGCCCUGGCGUCGCUGGACCAGCUAAGCAAAGGCCGCGCAGUGGUGCAUUUCAUCGCAGGUGGCAGCGAUGUCGAACAGGCUCGUGAAGGCGAUUUCCUGUCCAAGGACGAGCGCUACGGCCGUCUCGAAGAGUACAUCAAGAUCUUAAAACGCGCAUGGGAAUCAGCCGAGCCAUUCGACUGGGAUGGAAAAUACUUUCAGUUCAAGGGAUUCAGCAACCGCGUGCGGCCGGUGAACGGGAAAAGCAUCCCCAUAUCUGUCGGUGGAAGCAGCGAUGAAGCUUACCGCGUUGGCGGAUCGCUAGCCGAUAUUUUCGGCCUUUGGGGCGAGCCGCUGAAAGAGACGAAGCAGCAGAUUGACCGCAUCUACGCUGAGGCGGAGAAGGCUGGGCGUACGGAUCGGCCUCGCAUCUGGGUCACUUUCCGCCCGAUCGUUGCUGAGACGGAGGAGCUGGCGUGGCAGAAAGCGCACAAGACGUUGGAUGCUUUGCAGGGAAACAAGGGCGCUGGGCUCGGUAGGGGGCUGCCCAACGCGGGUGAGCCGCAGAACGCUGGAAGUCAAAGACUGCUUGAGAUCGCGAAGAAGGGUGACGUGCAAGACCGGGCUUUGUGGUAUCCGACUGUGACUGCGACCAACGCGAGAGGCGCGAGUACCGCGCUGGUGGGCAGCUACCAGACUGUGAUUGACUCAAUUCUGGAUUACGUUGAUCUGGGAUGUGAUUUGAUCUCCAUCCGCGGAUAUGACAACCUCAACGAUGCUAUCGAUUAUGGCAGGUACAUCCUUCCAGGUGUCAGGAAGGAGUUGGAGAAGAAGACUGGCGCGAAGAAUGAAGGUAUUGUGGAUAAAGUGACCCAGGCGGUCGAGAAUGUCACCGUCCGUGAUGGUUAGUGACACGUCUAUCGUAGCAGAAUA